AUGACGGAUUCAAGCUACGAUAGCUCAAUCGGGAGCGAGUUCGAUGUGACCAAUCCGUCGAAAUCAAUGUCUUCGUCUAAGGCAUCUUACCACGUUGCCCACAUCGAUCUAGUUCCCAGUACCUUCUUCAUUACAUCCAAAGUUGACCACUACCUGAGGCUAUGCGCUAAACGUCUCUUGGAGCUCAUUUCUAAGGAGUUUCCCGACAUUCCUGUAACCGUCACUUACCUACAAGGCAACAUCCAUGAGUCAAAAAGGGAUCGUCGUGCCGUCGACGCUGUUCAAGCCCAAGUCUUUUCUAAUCCUAUAUGGUGGAGAUGCCUUCCUCCAUUCAACGUCCACGAUAAGUACUCUACCUUCAGUGAGGGAGCCAAAGGGAUGUCCCCCUUUGGUUGUUCCUGGCGUUCACUCCUGAAGAUCAAACGCACUUUCGAGGGCUUGCGAAGCCGUCUCGCUGUCAUCCCAAACCUUCAUUUGGGCCUGUGUCCCGCAGAGGACCAACGUUUCAUCGAACACCAGAGUGAAGCUGACCAGCAUUCGGACGAUUGGCCGAUUAACGUGCGUCUUGGUGUUCCCACCCUCAACCCUAAGGUAAAAUUCCUCCUAGCAACGCCACCCUCUCUCUCCUGGGCAUUUGCUGUAGCACUGGAGUUCUACCGUCUCCAGGCGAAGGACAAAACGGCCCAAGGGAGUGAUACUAACCUGACUGUGGAGACGGUCGGAGUUUUAGAGAAUUGGAUAAGUUUUAUGACGUACGGCACCCUGCUCAAGGAAGACUCAGAGAGGUACUCUUACAUCAACAAGAAUUUGUUGCAUACCACAACAUCAAUCGCCCAACGCACAUCUUCAUGGCCAUCUCCUCUCACUAUCGUUGUCGAGUGCUCCGGCAUGGAGGAUCCGGUGCAAGGGAUGGACAAGGUGGACGAGCGACUUGUUCCUUUAGAGGCGGCCUGGCGCAAUGCGGUGCACAACAAUACGAUGGAGGGCCAUGCCAUCGUCCUCCAUGAGUCCAGUAUUGAUCAAAUGAAGGAGGCGGUGGCGCAGAGGGUUGUUGAGAUGUGCAAGAAGCGUCUUGCUUAA